AGUCGGGCCGGCGACACCAAUGCGCUCAGACGUGCCCUAUUAAUUUAUCCAAGCAAGUACACCAAUCACUCCGGAGCACAAAGCUAAAGUGACAUAAAAUACGUCAAUUAUCGGCUUCCAUAUUCAAAUUUAGGAUUUCAUAAAAAAAAACAAUUAAUUUUUAAUUCUAAAUCGAUAUUAUUCGAUCGAUCAUACGAACGAAUUCAGAUAUAGUAAAUUUGUUUAUCGAUUAUCGAUUUUGGAUUUGUGCUCCUAUUAAUGAGUAGAGCGGAGCGUCAGGGGCGCGAAACAUUUCCGUAUCGUGUAAGUUACGUAACUGUUCCGGGGAAAAUCGAUAUCCUGAGCGCGUAUAAAUAGCGACCUACGGUUGAGAACAGCUGGCAAUCGGCCAGAAGAGAUGCAGCCUACGAGGAUGCGGCGUCCUCGUCGUCACAGGUGGCUGACGAUAUCUGUUUUCUUCAUCGCUUACUCCGUGAUCCAAGCCGUGUUCAGCGCGACCACGGUGUCGGAGCCGUCCGCUCCAAGUAAAGCAGACACCACACCGGACGAGUCCGUUGUAAAGACCACGCCUCCCGUUGAAUACACCAGUAAGGCCGGACAGAAGAAAGAAGACAGUACUGACAGUCAGGGAAAUUCCGAAGAAGUGGGUGAGACGGCUACAGAAGGAGGUAAAAAGAGUCUCAAAGGACUGAUUGACGAUGAAGAAGAUGAUAAGAAGACUAUCAAGGACGCUGGAUACGAGGAUAGCAAGGAGACGCAGGAUCUGCGCGAGAAAGAACGAGCAGCUUGGGUCAUUCCCACCGUUCAUCCGUUUAGGGAAAACUGCACCCCACCCGCUAUCGAACAGUUCCCAAAGCCCCUGAUGGGUCAAAAAGCUCGAAAGCACGGCGGCCUGAUCCUGCACAUACUGGUCGCCAUGUUCACGUUCAUAGGACUCGCUAUCGUGUGCGACGAGUACUUCGUGUCAAGCUUGGACAGGAUCUGUGAAGAACUGAGGUUGGCGCCCGAUGUUGCUGGAGCGACGUUCAUGGCGGCGGGUAGUUCCGCUCCUGAGCUGGCGACCGUCGUCAUCGGCGUCUUCUGCGCUCAGGAUGACAUAGGCGUCUCGGGUGUGAUCGGUUCGGCGGUAUUCAACAUUAUGUUCGUGAUAUCCGUGUGUGCCCUCUGCGCCGGCACCGUGUCGCAUCUCAACUGGUGGCCCCUCUGCAGAGACUGCUUCUUCUACGCCCUAUCUAUACUGGUGAUGCUGUGUACCAUCGCUAAUGAAUACGUUAGCUGGCCUGAAGCUCUGUUCAUGUUGAUAAUGUACGGAGUGUACUGCGUGGCGCUUCGGUUCAACACGGCGCUGGAGCAAUGGGCGAUGACUCUCCCUCUGCCCUUCAAACUGCCGACCAGGGAGGAGCAGGCGGCCCUUGUAACCUACAGCCGGAAUGCCGCGGCGGGCCCGACUCCGGCCGCGGAGGGCCAGUACUCGCAAGUCGACGGACGCACCAACGACACUCCGGUUCAAGAAACAUCGUACAAUCCCACCGGAGCUUACGACAACGCGGCGUACAAUGCAGACCCCACCCCAGUGUGGGACCCGAACCGAGCCUGGGACAAUAACAGUCAGAGCUACGACCCUCCGUCAGCGCGACUUGAACAGCCUCAGACCGCGAGCCCCCAACAGUCGCAACCGCAGCAAACGCAGCAACAGGCCCCGCCGCCACAAGCACCGGCGGCUCCCGCUUACUACAAGGCAAAGGAGUACAAUCCCGAGACAGCCGUGGAUCCUCUGGUCAAGCCGAUCGGAGCCAAUAAAUUCCAAUUGGCUUGCUGGUACAUUGCGUUCCCGGUUCACUGGUCGUGUCGGCACACGAUGCCUGACUGCCGGGGACCCUGGUACCCGGUCACCUUCAUCAUAUCGAUGCUCUGGAUCUCGUUCUACUCCUACUUCAUGGUCUGGAUGAUAACGAUUAUCGGCUAUACACUCGGGAUCCCGGACACGGUCAUGGGUCUCACGUUUGUGGCGGCUGGAGUCUCUGUACCCGACGCGCUCUCCUCGCUCGCCGUCAUCAAAGAAGGUUACGGAGACAUGGCGGUGUCGAAUGCCGUCGGCUCGAACGUCUUCGACAUCCUGGUUUGCCUGGGACUGCCGUGGUUCCUGCAGACCGCCGUCAUCCACCCCGGGAGCCAUGUGAACGUUUACAGCAAAGGUCUGAUCUAUUCCACGUUAUCGCUGUUUUCGACCGUCGUGUUUCUGGUGGUGGCUACCCACGCCAACGGCUGGAAGCUGGACCGGAAGUACGGCGCAGUGCUGAUGGUCUGGUACGUUCUCUUCAUAACACUGGCGAGCCUAUACGAGCUGAACAUCUUCGGGGAAUACAACAAGCCGGAUUGUAUUUCGAAAUAUUAAUUAACAAACGUUACGUAUAUUGUGAGUCGUUAAAUUUAUGUGCUUCGUUGAUUAGACACUAAUGAAAAUUUAGAUUCGAGAAAAAAAUGAGAAUUUUAAUUUUCUUUUUUUUUUAAAGACGCGUUCGGAAAUAAUUAAAUUCAAAAUAGAAAUUUAAUAUAUUUCUAAACUAAUUUCUAAACACGAUCGCAGCACAAACUGUCAUGAUGACGUUUAAAAACUACAACUGUCAUAAGCCGAGUGACGUAAGCUUUGUACUUUAAGUAUUAUGGUAGUAACGGCUUAGCGAUAUUCAAUCCGAGUUCACUCCGAUCAAUCGAUUUGCCGGUAUAUUUCUACUUAUUUAUGCAUUAUUAGCCCGUACAGUAUAAUUAUUUUGUUUUUAUAUCGUUGGUUGAGGUCGAAUUAAUUAAUAGAUGACCUACAUGCACUAUAGAAAAAAAAGAAGAAAAUAAUAAUUUUGAAAUACACACCAACCAACAAGAGGUCUCUAGCUCGAGAUAUUUUAUUCGAUGUCUUAAACAAUGUUAUAUUAAAUCGAUUUUAACUUUUACUCAGUUACUAUUUUAGGAAUGUCCUUCCUUCUGUUUAUCUAGUCUAUUCGACUCUAGUAGUAGAUCCGGAAGGAAAUCGUUACGUUAUAAGCAUGUUUUUUUUUUUAAACUUACAGCGAUAGAAUGUUUUUUGUUUACGUUUUUUAAUAAAAUUGUUUUUUUUUUAGGCAAAGGUUUUUGUGUGGGGAUAAUAUUAUCCCAGUUGAUUAUUGUCGACGUUUUUUUUUUUUAUGAUUACUCAUAGAUGUGCAAUAAGCCUAUAAUUAUGUCAUCGUCUGUAAAUAGUUUCGUUGUAUGUUCAAUUGAGGAAGUGAAAGCGUUUUUUUUUUGUACGAAUACUCAAAUAAUUUAAGUAAGUACUUUUCUCCUUCGUUUGUUUUUAAAAAUAUUUGUACGUACUCAAAUAGGAGUUAAAAAGUUACAUUACCGUGUUUUAUUGUAUAACCGCUCUGUCUUAUGAUUAUUGAUGCAUCGAUAUAAUUAGCCGUCUAUUUAAAAUUAAAACUAUAAAAAUAACUAUAAAUUAGAUAUAACAAAGCUAGAUGUUUUAUUAGGGAGUUUAUUAAAAGUUGUCGAUUUGAAAUUUAAGCUUUUAGUUUUGAAAAUUAAGCACAGCUACAGGUCUUACAAUCAUUUUUUUAAAAAUUAGAUUACGCUUUUAAUAUUUAGCUUAAUGGAGUACCUAAGCGUAUUUUUAAAAGCAAUUGGUAAAUACUUAAUUUAUACAAUUUAAUCAAAUUUAAUACACGGUACGUGUAUAAUGAAAAUAUUUUAGUUAUUCGAUCGAUACAUUUUGAAUGCUAAGGAUAAUGAGAUAGCUUUUAAUACAAAGCAACUAAAGUUGAUUCGCAGUUAAAGUUUAACUCGUAAUGGCCUGGAGGUACGACUAUGGCGGCGGUAGUAAAAGUUAAAUCCGCGAAAAGUUGAAUUUAUGUCAUUACUGGUGGUAGGCGGCAGAAAUGUCACAAAGCGAUAAUGCAAUGGUCCGAACAGCGCUUAAUCCUUUUAGCGCUGAGCUUAUUUUCACAUAUUUUGCAGAAAGAAUUUUAAAAAAAUGUACUUUAGUAAAACAGUAAAAAAAAAAUACAAAAAUCAAUGCUAAAUUAACAGCAAAAUAAUUUUAAAUGGUUAUUUAUAAAUGUUAUUAACUUAUUAAAAUCGAUAAAUAUGCACGCGCCAAGAUACGUCCGUAGAUACAGGUCGAUAACUAACACCUAUAAUGAACCAGUUUUUAUUCUUUUCUCGAAAACAUUAUGUUACUUUUACUUUAAGCAUGGUGUUGUAAUUAGAUUAAUAGAACUAUAUUUUGUUAUCUCUUCUAAACGAAACAUCGAUUUACGAAUUAUUCACGAAAAAGAAAACAAAUUAGUUUUUUUUUCUAUCUAAAUAGGAAAAAUAAUUAGUUUAAAAAUCAUUACUACUAUACACGUUAAUAUACAUUCUGAAGGAUAUUUGGUCUACAAUUGGAAGAUGUUCAUGAAUCCUAUGGCCAAAUCUUUAUUUAUUAUUAUUUUCUACGAUAUGGAGUUGAUUUAUCUGAAAUUGAAUAUGAGAAUGAAAUUGAACGAAACGAGAUGCAAUGAAAUGACCCGAUGGACCGAUUAAGCAAUGGGAAUUUGCCUAAAAUUUCAAUGAGCUGUUUGGAAAGAUUUAAAAAUCAAAAUCCGAUGGUUUCAUUAAAAUUUCAUACACUUUUAAUUAUGUCAAGCAGUCAAUAACGGUAUAAUAAGCCACAAUUGUUCAAUAUUUAAUCUUAAAGAAAAAAUACAUGACUCUUCCCGCCCGCGCUCCCGCCAAACCGUCAACUGUACUGUACUGUACCUUUAAAAGCCUAGAUUUUAGUACUUUUCUGAUUGAUUGUAUAAUUUGAAAGUUUUAGUUUAACGAGCUAGGUGUGUUGUAUUAUAAUAAUUUCAUACAAUCCACGUAGAUGUUAAUAUAAGUACGUACUUUUAAAAAAAAAAAACUUCCUCUUUCUCCGACUGAUUUCGUUUUCCAUUCGUCUCUAAAUACCUCGAAACAUUUAAGUUUAAGAUAACUAUUUUUAUUAUUUUUUUCACCUAUUUUAUUUUUCAAUCUCUUUAUUACUUAACAAUUCUGUGAUCUAUUUAGAUAUUAAUAAAGUUAAAUUUGUCGUGUGUGUGCGUGUCGUAUUUUUAGAAAUUGAUUAUUAACUACAAAGCAGCAGAGCUGAAUGUUGUUAAAAAGCUAUUUACAAUUAAAGCUAUUGAAGGCAUUGCUGAUAAUAUUACCGUUCUAAGAAUCCCGUUUAUGCAUUAAAGACAAGCUUAAGUUAGUUGCAUACAUCUAUUAUAAAUGUUGGUAUUUAUAUAUGUAUGCAACUAUCCAAAAUCGUGUUAAAUUUCUUUAAAUAGAAUCAUUAAAAGGUCCACAGCUAUUUCCGACAGCGUACGCAAUUUAAAUUAUUGGUUUAAUAAUAAUUUGUGAAGAUAAUAUUUAAUAUUCAGAUAUUAUAUUUAUAUAGUAUAAUAAUAAUAUAAAUGUAUGUGUCUAAUAUUUUUGUUUUUCAUUUUUGUUUUAUAGUACCUAAGUAAAGUGACAUUUUACUAUAAGUUGCGGAGUUAAUCAAAAGCUUUGAUUAUCAGCUACCUACUGAUUGUAUGCGUUCAAUGAUUGAACAUUCAUUGUCGUCCACAUUUUUAAACCGAUAGGAUCAAGGUAUUUGUUAUUAUAAAUAUUCAGAUAUUCAAAUAUAUACAUAAGAGCUUAGUAUACCCUGGAUUUACGCAGAACGAAUAAUGACGUUUAGUAGUUAACAGAUAGUAGAAAAGCGGUUUUUUCAAAUUAAUAUUUAAUUUUCUUCUUGAACGUUGAUUUAGAAAAAAUUUAUACCUAUUUAUUAUGUGCCUGGAAUAUAUAUAACGAAGCAACAAUAUCUGCUAUUCGAUCGCUUACUUUGAAUCUACAGACAAAUAUGUAUACAUACAUUGAACUAUUUUACGCCACUCAAUAUUACUUGUAGGGUUUUAUUUUUGGAUUACCUGCUCGUUUUUACUAAUUAGUUUUUUUGUAAACUUCUUUUUAUUAAUAUUAUUAGCUUCAAAUUGUGCAAGAAGCAUUUAUAUUUAAGGUGCAAAAAUGUAGAUAUUAUAAAAUAAUGUUUCCUUCUUGAAUGCUUCUUGUAAUUUUUUUUUAUUUUUAUUCCUUAGAUGUGUGGACGAGCUCACAGCCCACCUGGUGUUAAGUGGUUACUGGAGCCCAUAGACAUCUACAACGUAAAUGCGCCACACACCUUGAAAUAUAGUUCUAAGGUCUCAGUAGAGUUACAACGGCUGCCCCACCCUUCAAACCGAAACGCAUUACUGCUUCACGGCAGAAAUAGGCGGGGCGGUGGUACCUGCCCGUGCGGACUCACAAGAGGUCCUACCACCAGUAAAGUAUUUUAGUAAAAUUUCGACAUUGUACCAUUAGUUUUUAUUUUUUUAUUUUAUGACCUGGUGACAGAGACCUUUAGGUCAUAUCUUAUUUGGAAAAUGUUCAUUACUUUGGGGUAUAUCAUUAGUAAAUUGCAAUAGGUACAGAUUAAAAAACAACGAAAUAAAUACCUGUGUAAAAUUUAAAUAGAAUUUAAUAUGUGAAAAUUAUUAAUUCACUUAAUCUUAAAAUAAUAAUCGAUUUCGUAUAGGAAAUAUAAAAAAAUAUAAUACUGUCAAUUAUUAAAGGUUUGAAUAAAAAAUUAAUAGAAAAAUAAUUAUGAACUUUAAAAAAUGUCUACACUUUGAUUGGUUUUCAUAGAUAAUACAAGACUUAUAAUUUAUUUUGAUUCCAAUUCUGAUAUAUUGUUUCAUGUAGUUUUUAGUGUUAUUAUAUCGAGAGGUGAAAGGUUAUUUGGUUUAAGAGAGUUUUGCAAUAUUACAGGAGAACUAUUUAAAGUUUAAAAUUUGAAAAAAAUAUUAUAACAAAAAAACUUCUUGAGCUAUUUAAGUGGAGGGAACUUAAUUGAAGUUUAAUUAAAAAAAUCGAACUGGUGAUGCUAAAUACAGAAAAAAAAACGCACCUUUAAUCUAUAUAUUAUUAUAUAAAAAUUAAUUGCUGUUCGUUAGUCUCCGACCGGUUUGGCUAAUUUUGGUCUUGAAUUAUUUGUGGAAGUCCAGAGAAGGUUUAAAAGUUAUAAUACAUAUGAAAAUGCUCGGUAUUAAAUAAAAAUAACAAUUUUGUUUUUCCUUUGAUGUGUCCCCCGUCAGGCGGAUUCCUUUUGCUUGUUUUAAGUUUAUUUUAUACAAAAGUUUAGGUCUUUUAUUUAUCGGUUGAGGCACUACGAAGUCUGCCGGGUCAGCUAGUUACAAAUAAAAAAGUCCGGUAUUAAGCAAAAUGUCUCUUAAACCGCUAAUAGCCUUUCACCGCUGGAUAUGUGGUUUUAUUAAUAUGAGUUUUGAUAAUAAGGUACGCUUCAACAAUAUAAUAUCGAGUGAUACAAUCAAAAUAAUGUCGUAAUCAUGUCUAAAGCUUGUCAUCGACAAGUAUCAAUUAGUGACAAAGGUUGAUGUCUACUGAUUAGACCAUUUGAAAAGACUCCGAUGAGAAUGUAAAGAAUUUGUGUAAUAAUUUUAAAUUGUAAAUGGAAUAUUGCUGGUGAAAAUAAAUUGAGAUUAUUUUAAUUUUUGACACGUAUGUUUCGGGAAUAUUAUAAUAUUUGCAAUCUUGCCAAAUGUCUACUUGUUUUUCGUGCUUUCAAUUUUUCGAAAAACACAUUAUUACGCUUGACAUAUGAAAAUAUAGCGCCAUAUUUUGUACAUACUCCCCGUAUUAGGAACAGAGUUUAGAUUAGAAUAGUUAGGCAAAACAUAGUUUAAAAAUAUCGAAAAUCAAAAGAUUGUUACUUGGUAUCUUUUGUGUAGUAGUGCUGUGAGUAGUGUUUAUUUAUUGGUAUCUUUUGUGAAUACCUGACGUAAUUAGGCAGUAUUACAAAUAUAAUCCACAUUAAGUAUAACUUAUAUAUGUAUGUAUGUAGUUGCGAUUUUAGAGGUCUUUGCCUAAUUUUUAUGACAAUAUUAUUUGUAAGCAACUGUAGGUAGUUUGGUAGUACACCCAUUUGCCUAUGCCCCCUCGUUGAAAAGUGUCAAUCGCCACAUUCUAAAAUAGUACGAUAGGAUAAUUAGAUACAAUCACAUCAAUUAAUAAUAUGUCAAUUUUGAUUAUAUAAUGUUGUUAGGCUUGGUCGCUCAAGCGAGCUAGAAAGAGCCUGACUAUUUAGACAUUACAAUGAUAAUUAGUUUACAGACUUAGGAUUAAACACACUAGAUCUGACUUCGAUACAUACCGAAAAAUCAUUAAAAUAAUAAAUAAAUAUAUUCCAUAGAUUUUUUAAGAACAUUUUUGCACUUUAUGAUGUAAUCUAGCGAAUGUAGAUUCACAAAAUAAAUGUAAACAGACAAAACGAACAACGAUAAUGAUGAAUUUGUGACUUUUUAAAAAAUAGUUAAGGUUCAGUCCCGCGUUUUUUUGUUUAUGAAUCAGUGUGAUUUAAAAUAAAUUUUGCCGCCGCUCACAAGAGUAACAAGCCUUGGGGGAAUGUUGAAUAGCAUAUUAAUUAUAAUCUACAAUUCAAAGAUUUUCAGCCUUGAUCUCAAAUUAUGCUAUUAAUAUCAAUCAAAAAUAUUUUUUAUUUAUUUCAAAUUUGGAGUGUUCAUGGCGUCUCUGUUUUAUAAAUAUGUAACUUCCAAUAACAUUUAUUAGACACACACACUUUUAACAUCAAUUUGUUCUAGUUAGCUAGAUACACCCUCCAUUGUGUAGAUCUAGACAAUCCAAACUAGCAGGUAAGAUUUGACAAUUUUAUGAUUAGACCAUCAGAACUAAAAUAUGCUAGAGGUUAACCCUUAUUUCUCUUAUAACAAUUAACCAAAGACCAAGAAACUUUAACGAGUCGUAUAAAAUUUGUAACUUUUAUUUAUUUAUUUCCAACUUAUUAAUUUAUUUAUUAGUUAAUUUGUCUCAAGAAAAGUUUUACUUAAUAUCAAAUGCCCUUAAAGAGAUUUUCUGUAUUUGUCUAGAAAGUCUAGAAUCUAGAUUCUAGAUGGAUGCUUAAAUUUUAUUUUGUUAUAUUGAGCGACCCGGGCGAAAAAUGAGCAUUAUAAAGCCAAUAUAGUUUAAAAACUUAUGAAAUUGCUUUAACUAGUCUUCGCUGUAUCCGAUUUGUCAAUUUUUGUAUGAGUGUGCGUGCUUGUGUGUGCAUCUUAAAUAAUACACUUAAAGAGUUUGUGUGUUUGCGUGAGCAAUGGAUUAUUAAUAUAUUGUGGCAAAUUUGAUUGGACAAAUAGUAGUUUACAGUAUCUAUACAAAAAAAAAUCAGUCGCAAAGAACUUUAGUUUUAUUUUCGUCUACUGUCCGCCAUUUGGUAUGACCAUAAAACAACAGCUUCCCUACGUCUGCCACUAGGGGCGCUGUUCAAACUGAAUACGAAUUUGAGUUAACUUUUACGCUAUCGAGAACGUUAAAAACUCACACUAAGCACACAGAUAUCUGUUUUCAAAAUACUACGUUUACCUACUGUAGUGUCAUUUUCGGCUGCAACACUUUCACAUUAUUGUUAAGAUACUUAUUACAAACUUAUUACUCGUCAAUGUUGCUUGAUUAGAAUUAAAAAUUACGAAAGAAAAUCGAAUCUAUGUUAACCGCUACUUUUUGCUAUGCUAUAGAAUAAAACUAUUUUAAAUUAAUUUGCGAGUAGAAAAAAUAUGAUUGUAGAUGUAUGCGCGUGUUACCUUCGCAGUAUUUUAAUCGAGAUCUUUGUGUAUUUAUGUUGAAUUAAUUACUGCAUUUUAAUUUGAACUAUUGUAUUGUAUUAGGCGUUCUGUUACGGUCAUCUGUAUAAUCGGCCAUUUGUGAAAUAUAAUUAUUGUUAUCUAUGGAAUUAAUGUAAGUUAUACGACAAUGUUAAAUAAAGUACCUUUGAAAAA